AUGAGUGACGCCACUGUCUUCUCAGGGUCACAACAGGUGGCAAACCCUAGUGUGGGUUUGUUCACAAUGCCCGCCACAGACGUAGCCUUAAAAGAUGGUCAUUUUAUCCCAUACACCCCUACUGACGAAGGCUCCGAGCACAUUGAAUGGUACAUUCACCCCCCUUCCACUUACGUUGAUCUCAAGAAAACACACAUCAAAAUGAAAGUGAAAAUUACCAAAGCCGAUGGGGCUAACCUCACUGCCGGCGAGCAUGCCGCCUUUGUGAACAAUGCUGGCCAUACAAUGUUCAGACAAAUCAGGGUAGAAUUGAAUAACAGAGUCGUUACCCUGCAAACGGACUCGUACCCAUACAAAGCUUACAUCAGUAACCUCCUAAACUACACCAGAGAAGGCCAAGAAUCAUUCUUGGUCUGUGGUAUUUGGCACAAAGAUACUGCUGGUCACAUGGACAUUGCUGAAGUGUCAGGAGCUGGGGCAACAAACGAAGGUUUAAAAAAACUUGCUAGCUACACGGCUGAAAGCGCUGAAGUCGGAAUUAUCAUUCCUCUAGACGUCGACAUCUUCAAAUCUGGUCGGUACCUAUUGAGUGGUAUCCCAAUGAAAAUCAGGAUGGAAAUGUCCAAACCAAAUUUUGCCCUCAUGGGGGGCGGGAAAUUCGUAAUCAGCCCAGGCUCAACCCUCCGUUUGUAUCACGUCACCCCUUUAGAAACGAUUGCGCUGGGCCACGCCAACGAACUGCUUCACAACAAUUUAGCCAAGUACCCUGUAACCACAGCUGUAGUCAAAACAGAGCAGGUUGAAAGUGGGAAACACACCAUAAGGUUCAAUGAUCUAUGGAAUGGUCUCAUCCCUAAGCGAAUGGUGUUUGGCAUCGUCACUAAUGAGGCCUAUGCUGGAAGUUACACAAAGAACCCCUUCAAUUUUCACUUCCCAAACGUUACUAACAUUGAGGUGCGAGUGAAUGGAAACGAAACACCCAUCUCAAACAUCAAAAACAUUGCUGGGGAUGCUAUAGAUUUGUACUACAUGAUGCACGAGGGGGUCAAUGGGCAAGCAGCCCGCGCAAAAGGUCUGAACAUCUCGCGGGAAGAGUAUUUUGGUGGGUACGGGUUGGUUGUCUACGACUUCACACCCGCAGGAAACUCAUCAUCCGGGUACUUUCAGCCACAGUAUAAAGGCACGGUGUCACUGGACUUGAACUUCAGUACAGCUCCUACCGUGGUGCUCACAGUAGUGCUGUACGGGGAAUUCAACAACACCAUGGAGAUAGAUAACGGACGUAAUGUGAUGUACGACAUCCAAGGAUAA